UCAUGUCAACUUGUUGCAGCUUGAUAUUUGCGCCUGGUCUUUGAACGCAUCUUUUUAUAGGAGGAGUUUGUUUUGAUUAAGCAGCGGGCGCAACAGGGGCGAGAAGCCUGUUGCGUUUGCGGACCUAACACUAAAAAAAAGAAGACGUUUUGAAGCAUGUUUCUGAAUAAGUGAAACUAAUGAUGGACUGAACCCCGGAGCGCAGCACCGCGCCCUUUUUUUUUUGGGAAGAAUACACCUUCAUUUUUCUCACUCCCUCUUCUCUCCUUUGUUGAUUUUUUUGCAUCAACAGAAUGGCCCGCUUCGGAGACGACGUUCCGGGCUUGUUAGGCGCGGGCGACGGCGGCUCGGAGCGCAACAGGAGCCGCGAUGGAGCGGCCGGGUCCACGGGUGGCGUGUCCCCCGCCGCCUUCAAGCAGACCAAAGCGCAGCGCGCCCGCACCAUGGCCUUGUACAACCCCAUCCCGGUCCGGGAGAACUGCUUCACCGUCAACAGGUCCCUCUUCAUCCUCGGGGAGGACAACGUGGUGCGCAAGUACGCCAAGAAAAUCACUGAGUGGCCUCCAUUUGAGUACAUGAUCCUCGCCACCAUCAUUGCCAACUGUAUCGUCCUGGCUCUGGAGCAGCAUCUACCAGGAGAGGACAAGACGCCCAUGUCAAAGAGACUGGAGAAAACCGAGCCCUACUUCAUUGGGAUGUUCUGUUUGGAGGCGGGAAUAAAGAUCAUCGCCCUCGGUUUUGUAUUUCACAAAGGAUCUUACCUCAGAAAUGGGUGGAACGUCAUGGAUUUCAUUGUGGUCCUCAGUGGGAUUCUGGCUGCAGCGGGCGCUCAUAUGAACAUCUCGGUGGAUCUGAGGACUUUGAGGGCAGUGCGAGUGCUGAGACCACUCAAACUGGUCUCAGGCAUCCCCAGUCUCCAGAUAGUCCUGAAGUCUAUCAUGAAGGCCAUGGUUCCACUGCUCCAGAUUGGCCUACUUCUCUUUUUUGCAAUUCUCAUGUUUGCCAUCAUCGGCUUGGAGUUUUACAGCGGCAAACUGCACCAUACCUGCACGCCCCACCCUGGAAUACUCGGAAACGAGACCGUGGACCCUUCUGAGUUGGAGUUCCCAUGUGGCAUGCGUCAGUGUCCAUCCAAAUACACCUGCAGCAACACAUGGAUCGGCCCGAAUGAUGGCAUCACUCAGUUUGACAACAUCCUGUUUGCUGUUCUCACUGUCUUCCAGUGCAUCACCAUGGAGGGAUGGACCACUGUGCUCUAUAAUACCGACGAUGCCUUGGGCCCCAGUUGGAACUGGCUUUACUUCAUCCCACUCAUCAUCAUUGGCUCCUUCUUUGUCCUGAACCUGGUGCUAGGAGUCCUCUCUGGGGAGUUUGCCAAAGAGAGGGAGAGGGUGGAAAACCGCAGGGCCUUCAUGAAAUUGAGACGCCAGCAGCAGAUUGAGAGAGAACUCAAUGGUUACCGGGCAUGGAUCGACAGAGCAGAGGAGGUAAUGCUUGCCGAGGAGAAUACAAAUCCUGGACCCUCUGCCCUAGAUGCUCUCAGGAGGCUCCCUGAGUGGAGUACUGGCGGUGCCUAUGUGCUGAAGAGAGCCACUACUAUUAAGAGGAGAGGCAUGGAUACAGCGCAUCACAGGGCGCCAGGAGAGGAACAAUAUGGCGACAUUUCCUCAGUGGGCCUCCCCAUGGCUAGAGGGAGCAUCAGAAGUGCCCGGCGAGGUCCUGCAGCGUAUUUCCGCCGCAAGGAGCGCCUCCUGCGCAUCUCCAUACGGCGUGUAGUGAAGACGCACACCUUCUACUGGACAGUGCUGGGCUUGGUGGCUCUUAACACGCUCUGUGUAGCCAUUGUUCAUCACAACCAGCCCCUCUGGCUGUCUAACUUCCUGUACUAUGCAGAGUUCCUGUUCCUCGUGCUGUUCCUGGCGGAGAUGUUCCUGAAGAUGUACAGCCUGGGCCCGCGCCUGUACUUUCACUCCUCUUUCAACUGCUUCGACUGCAGCGUGAUUGUCGGCAGCAUCUUUGAAGUGCUGUGGGGUUUCUUCAGGCCAGGAACUUCUUUUGGCAUCAGCGUCCUUCGUGCUCUUCGUCUGCUUAGGAUCUUCAAAAUUACCAAGUAUUGGGCAUCUCUGAGAAACCUGGUUGUGUCGCUGAUGAAUUCCAUGAAGUCCAUCAUCUCCCUCAUAUUCCUCCUCUUCCUCUUCAUUGUUGUUUUUGCUCUCUUGGGCAUGCAGCUCUUUGGUGGCAGGUUCAUCUUUGAGGACUACACCCCGACAAACUUUGACACUUUUCCUGCAGCCAUCAUGACCGUCUUUCAGAUCCUGACAGGGGAGGACUGGAAUGAGGUGAUGUACAAUGGUAUUCGCUCACAGGGAGGAGUGAAGACGGGCAUGUGGUCUUCAAUAUACUUCAUAGUCCUCACCUUGUUUGGGAACUACACUCUGCUUAAUGUCUUCUUGGCUAUUGCUGUGGACAACCUUGCUAAUGCACAAGAGCUCACUAAGGACGAAGAAGAAGCAGAGGCUGCUUUCAACCAGAAGCAUGCUCUCCAGAAAGCCAAGGAGGUCGGCCCAUUGUCUUCUUUCAUGUCCUCAGAAGGAAGCCGUAGGAGGCGGCCCUAUCUGUACAGAAAGAGAGCCAUUCACCGAAGUCGACCCACCUACUCCUGUUCCCUGGAGGAGGCGCAAGGCAGCAUCAGGGAGGGUCACCCUCUCCCGCCACUCAACCCGUCUAACUCUUUUAUGUCCAGGAGAGAGAGGAGAAAGAGAAUGACCAUGUCCGUGUGGGAGCAGAGGACUAGCCAGCUGAGGAGACACCGCCAGAUGUCUAGCAGGGAGAUUUUGUUUGGCAACCCCAGCGAGGAGAAAGACGGACCUCUCCCCGCGGCCCAGUCCGGGCGGCAGCUGUCAUUGCAGCGCAAAGCUAUGCAGAACACGCCAGCAGAGGGGGUAAAGCACCUGGACUCACCAUCCAAAAAGCAGGCCUCAGGCGGUUCCAUGGAUUUGUCUGGUGAUACCCACGAUCCUCCCAUGUCAGCACCGGACCACUCGAGCGUUAGCCCCAAUGAUCCUUCUGAGCCCCUUCCAGAGCCCCUUCCAGAGCCUCCCGAAUCAGAAAAUGGAAAACUGAACGUCGACGAGAGACACAACAACAUGAGUGAGCGAAAGAGUCCCAGGUUGAACGGCGAUCGUCAGCACAGGCCAGUCAAGAAGUUCAGACCGCGAGACGGCGGUGACGCCCUCACACCUCAGAUGGGAGGUCACGGUAGGAUUAAAGGCAGGAAGACGCUACAUAGCCAUCAAAAUGGGGGUGACAGAAGUCAAGGAUCAUCUCCUAGAGAAGUAAACCACGAGUUAGCGAGUUGCUCGGUCAGCAAAGAGAGCAGCAGAAAUCCUGGGAAAGUCGAGGACAAGGAGGAGGCGAGUGAGAAGAGAGAGGACUCAAAACUUGAAGAGAAAAGACGGGCUGACCAAAGUUGUGGCGGGAACACCGAGGCACCUGACAACCAUGCAGGUGUCCCAAAGCAGGCAGAUACUCCCCAGGAAGAAGAACCAUGUCCCCUUGUAUUGCCUGAGGGCAACGACGAGGACUUGGAUCAAUCUCAGCUCAGCUCCAGUGUGAUCGUUGAGAUGCCGGACAUGGAAGCAUCUAUGGAGCUCUCCACAAUCACAGUCAACAGCAAGGAACCUGAAGCCUCCAAGUGUGAAAAGGAGGAGCCUGACGAUACUAGACCAGUGAACAUUGUGACACCUGACAGCAUGUUCAUCUUCAAACCAGACAACCUGAUGCGUCGAGCAUGUCACUACAUAGUGAACCUCAGGUACUUUGAGAUGUCCAUCCUGCUGGUCAUAGCCGCAAGUAGCAUUGCCCUCGCCGCAGAGGACCCCGUAUCAACCACCUCUGACUGGAACAAGGUUCUGCGCUAUUUUGACUAUGUGUUUACCGGCGUCUUCACCUUUGAAAUGAUUAUUAAGAUGAUCGACCAGGGUCUGAUCCUCCAUGAUGGCUCGUAUUUUAGAGACUUGUGGAACAUCCUGGACUUUAUCGUGGUGGUCGGUGCUCUGGUGGCCUUUGCCCUCACCAAUGUGUUGGGAAACAACAAGGGAAGGGAUAUUAAAACCAUCAAGUCCUUGAGAGUAUUACGUGUCCUCAGACCCUUGAAGACCAUCAAGAGGCUUCCAAAACUCAAGGCUGUGUUCGACUGCGUGGUGACAUCUCUGAAAAAUGUCUUCAACAUCCUGAUUGUUUACAAGCUGUUCAUGUUCAUCUUCGCCGUCAUCGCUGUGCAGCUCUUCAAAGGGAAGUUCUUCUACUGCAACGACAGCUCCAAGGACACAGAGAAAGACUGCCAGGGUUACUAUAUCGACUAUGGGAAGGACAAGAAAGAGGUGAAGAAACGGGACUGGAAGAGACACGAGUUCCACUACGACAACGUCAUCUGGGCUCUGCUGACUCUCUUCACAGUGUCUACAGGAGAAGGCUGGCCUCAGGUCCUGCAGCACUCGGUGGACGUGACAGAGGAAGACAGGGGGCCAAGUCAUAGCAACAGGAUGGAGAUGUCGAUCUUCUACGUCAUUUACUUUGUAGUCUUUCCUUUCUUCUUUGUCAACAUCUUUGUGGCUCUCAUCAUCAUCACCUUUCAGGAGCAGGGGGAUAAGAUGAUGGAGGAGUGCAGCCUGGAGAAAAAUGAGAGGGCGUGCAUCGACUUUGCCAUCGGUGCUAAGCCGCUGACCCGUUACAUGCCCCAAAACCGCCACACCUUCCAGUAUCGUCUGUGGCAUUUUGUGGUCUCACCCUCUUUUGAGUACACCGUCCUGGCUAUGAUCGCUCUCAACACCAUUGUAUUGAUGAUGAAGUAUUAUUCAGCCCCGCCCGCCUAUGAAGCAGUACUCAAGCACCUGAACACAGCGUUCACUGUUCUCUUCUCUGUUGAAUGCAUCCUGAAGAUAAUGGCCUUUGGUUUACUGAAUUACUUUCGGGACACAUGGAACAUUUUUGACUUCAUCACCGUCCUUGGCAGCAUUACUGAGAUUAUAGUCGACUUGCAGUUCGUGGACACAUUCAACAUGAGUUUCUUGAAGCUGUUCCGAGCAGCACGUCUGAUCAAACUGCUGAGACAAGGCUACACCAUACGCAUCCUUCUGUGGACCUUUGUGCAGUCCUUCAAAGCGUUACCUUACGUUUGCUUGCUCAUCGCCAUGCUGUUCUUUAUCUACGCCAUCAUAGGCAUGCAGGUGUUUGGGAACAUUAAGCUGAAUGAAGAGACACACAUUAACCAACACAACAACUUCAAGUCCUUCUCUGGUGCUCUGAUGCUGCUCUUCAGGAGUGCCACAGGGGAGUCCUGGCAGGAGAUCAUGUUGUCCUGUCUUGGUGGGCAACACUGUGAGGCAGACCCUGCUAACCCUCUGCGGGCCCUGAGCACUGAACAGGAAGGAGGCUGUGGCUCGGAUUUCGCCUAUUUCUACUUUGUGUCCUUCAUCUUCUUCAGCUCCUUCUUGAUGCUUAACUUGUUUGUGGCAGUCAUCAUGGAUAACUUUGAGUAUCUGACUCGAGACUCAUCCAUCCUGGGACCCCAUCACUUGGAUGAGUUUGUCCGAAUCUGGGGGGAGUAUGAUCGAGCUGCCUGUGGUCGCAUCCAUUACACUGACAUGUAUGAGAUGCUGACAAACAUGUCACCACCUCUAGGCCUGGGCAAGAAAUGCCCCUCCAAGGUGGCUUAUAAGAGACUAGUCCUGAUGAACAUGCCUGUGGAUGAGGACAUGUCUGUGCACUUCACGUCCACCCUCAUGGCCCUCAUCCGCACCGCCUUGGAGGUCAAGAUAGCCGGAGGAGGGGAGGAUCGCAAUCAGAUGGACUUGGACCUUCAGAAGGAAAUUAGUGUAAUCUGGCCUCACCUCUCUCAGAAGAUGCUGGCCCUGCUGGUUCCCAUUAACAAAGCGAGUGACAUGACCAUUGGCAAGAUCUACGCCGCCAUGAUGAUCAUGGACUACUACAAGCAAAGCAAGGCCAAGAAGCUUCGACAGCAGCUGGAGGAACAGAAACAUGCUCCCAUGUUCCAGCGUAUGGACGCCUCCUCUUUGCCACAGGAGAUUAUCUGUAAUGCCAAAUCGCUGUCCUUCCUCAGACACAGUGCAGGAUCAGCUCUCACCAAAGGAGGCUUCGUGGCCCUGAGCCCCAUUUCUCCCCAAGAGAUGAUCUCGCAGCAGCGGCCUUGCUCCAAGGAGGGAGAGAAGGAGAGUGAUGAUUACUACUCACCGUAUCACCCUUAUCACUUCCCUUAUCAUCACCAUCACCACCAUUUAAACACACUGGUGCCUGACGUAGUGGAGUAUAACCAAGUGAAGCAGCAGUCUAAGCCGGACCCAACAGCCGCCAAAUCACCUCAACACACGUCUUCCAUCAGAGCGUCCUCUAUGCCCAGACUGGCUAUGGAACCUCAGCCUGGAAUGUCAGCAGACAGAAAGCUCAUGAAACGCUCCUUUUCCACUAUCGGAGACCAGUGUGUGAACCGCCUAUGGCAAGAACAACAUUCCCUGGAGAGAGUCAGCCCUGACAGCACGUACAUGCUUCAUCAGAAGAGUUACAGAGGCCUAAGAACCAAUCAAAGCAGUCAUGAGCGAGGGCGCUCCAAAGAACGCCGCCACCUGCUGUCUCCAGACGUGUCCCGCUGCAACUCUGAAGAGUGCAGCCGAGACCCGUCAUGCGAAAGGAGACGCUCCCUUUCGCCUAAAGAAGGACACACUCGCUCUUUGCAGAGACAGUUCAACACCACAGGCAGUCCUGCCCAUUCAGCUCCGGAGUCCAAUACCCCUCGUAACCGGCGUCAGCUUCCACAAACCCCCUCCCGCCCCCGUCCACACAUAUCUUACUCCCCCUUGGUGUGCCAGGAUCAACCCUCCAGCACGCCGGCGCCCACCUCUGCAGGACCAAGCCCCCACCGGGUCCCACAAGGCCCCCUGAAGGAGUCGUCCUCGUCCAAUCCGAGUCAUCCUUCUCCCCAUCGUUACAUAUCUGAGCCAUAUCUUCCAUUCCAUGAGGACCUGAGGGGCGGCCAGGCGGGCGAGAAGCAACAGGAUACCCUGACGUUCGAGACCGCCGUGGCUACCAGUUUGGGUCGGGCCAACGCUAUUAGCUCCGCCCCUCAGCUGAGACACUCCUGGCAGGUCCCGAAUGGGCAUUUCCAGAAGAACUUAGCGCAGGGUUUCCCGGCCAACACUGGUGAAUGGGUGAGUGACACAGAUGAGGAUGACCGCUGCUAAAAUUGGAAUUAGCAUCUGAAAAAAAACUGACUGGCUGUUGUCAGUAAAAGUAGCAUCACAAGCAGAACUGAACACCACUGCCAUUUAUCAGCAUUGUUUGCUGUUGUGUAUUUGUGCUGUGCCUGGAAGGACACAACGGAUGGAUGGAUGUGUGAUACAUUAAGCCUUUGUUCUGCUUUAUUUAUUUGAACAAAAUAUGUUAGGUGUGCGCUAAAAUAUUGAGAAGGACUUUCUUAAAGAGUGUUUUUGUGAUAAAGUCGAAGGUUAUGUAUAGUAGAUGAAAGGGCCUAGCUUACAGGUGUCUGAUGGCGUCAAUAUCUUCCACACCAAAUUCAUCAAAGGAUGUCUGAAUAGACCUUGCUUUGUGGACUGGGGAAAAGAAUCAAUCAAUCAAUCAAAGUCUAUUUAUAUAGCCCUAAAUCACGAGUGUCUCAAAGGGCUGCACAAGCCACAACGACAUCCUCGGCUCAGAUCCCACAUCAGAACCCUCAGACAAACUGAUAACAUUUGCUACUGGUAACAUUUGUAAUUGACUAAUUACACUAUUGACCAGAACAUAAGAGUGUAUUUUUUUUCUUGAAAAAAGUCUGAUAAAGACAAACCAUCUUCCAUUCGGAGUCUAGAUAAUCAUACAUUUAUACCAGGGGUCGGCAACCCAAAACGUUGAAAGAGCCAUAUUGGACCAAAAAUACAAAAAACUAAUCUGUCUGGAGCCGCAAAAAAUGAAAAGCUGUAUAUAAGUCUUAUAAUGAAGGCAACACAUGACGUAAGUGUCUAUAUUAGCUAUAAUAGCCUACUAUGAAAAUGACUAUGUGUCGCAGGCUGAAGCAAAUCUUCAUUGACAGAAAUGUUGAAAUGUAUCAUUUAUUCUACACAUUUUUACAACAUUAGAAACCAUUAGUAAAUCAGAGGCUACUCAGAAGGUGAGAUAACUCCUGGAAAUUACUGGCUUUUAAUGGCCAAAGGUAUAGAUGUGUGUGUCCAAGUUAAAGGAAACGGCAGGCUGUCUUCUUUUAGUAGAUUUGUUACAAUCUUUGGCAAGCUAGGUAUCAUUUGCUGUGGUCUGGAACAACAUGGCGCACAAACAAAUCAGGCAAAAAAAUUCAGAAAUGCAGCCAAUAUUACAUACAGAUAAUGUGUCAUGAGACAUGCAAAACUAAAUUAUAUCCAAAGAGGAUUAAAUUAAAGGAAAUUAAAUGAGCUGAAAUAUACCUACUAAUGAGGCAUGAUGAUGCAAUAUGUUCAUACAGCUAGCCUAAAUAGCCUGAUUAGCACUCCACACAAGUCAAUAACAUCAACAAAGCUCACCUUUGUGCAUUCACGCACAGCAUGAACGUUUUGGUGGACAAAAUGAGACAAAGUAGGAGUGGAAGAUUUUACACGUAAACAAACUGUUGCGUCCACACUAUGGUGAGUUCAAGAACCGCCGAAAUUAGUAGGACAAAACGAUGUUCACCAAAUACUCUCAUCAGGGAAGCAUACACACAAACAUAUUCAACAGUGGGCUUUCUAACAAUUGGGAAGGUGUGUGUCAUGUUUGUCCUCAAACAAAAAACAUACUAAAACAAAAAAACAAAAACAAAAAAAAAAGUCCCCAUCUUUUUCCAUUUUCACUCCUUUUUUAAAAAUGCUCCAGGGAGCCACUAGGGUGGUGCUAAAGAGAGCUCGAGAGCCGCAGGUUGCUGACCCCCGAUUUAAACCAACAGAUUGCACCAAGUGACCUAUUCUCCCAAGAACCAGAUCUUUCCGUCCUGUCACUCUAAAGAGUGUAAAAUUGUUGGCAAGUUAACAAACAACAGGGAUAUAAAAUUGAACAACUAACAAAUAUGGUAGUAGGGGUGUCCCAAUACAAAUGUUUCACUUCCGAUACUAUACCCAUAUUGGUUUGUUAGUGGAUACUUUCUAAUACGCUCCUGCUUUGAUGACUUUGGGCCUGAUUUACUAACAUCCAAAAUCCAUGCGCUUGAAGUAUAUUUCUGGUCUUGUCGUCCUUGUCCGGUGACACGGCAGUGCGUCUGGAUCAAAAGAGACGUUGGAGACGCUUUACUGAACCAAAAGUUGCUUUAUUACAAGCAAGCGUCAUUAAACAGGUCUGAAGUACCCGGAGGAACCUAGGUCAAAAAAUGAAGGACUCCUGAACUGGAGAAGCCAAACCAUCAGUUAUAUAUUCCUUCUUUCUCUGUCUGGGUGUGUGCUAAGUCAGGACAGCACAACCUGACCAUGUCAGGAGAUGUUCAUGUGUAGUGACUGGAAAACAACAGAUGUAUACCAUAACUUGUUGGUUUGACGUUUAAGAUGAACAUGGAAUCUCUCCGCCAGGAUAGAGCUAUAACUUUUGCAUUCCGAAGCCUGGUUUUAUUGCUCCUUCUCGUGAGAGAGCUAAUUCCAGUCCACAUGCGAAUGUCCAACUAAGGUGCCUUAUUUUAUCAUGUGCUCAAAUUGAAAUACCACUGUUUACUUAAACUUGGUGGUAUGCUUUCUCCAACAUGAAUAUAAACAUUCACCAUAUGUACAAACCCCGUUUCCAUAUGAGUUGGAAAAUUGCGUUAGAUGU